AUGGCGGCGGUGCUGCCCCCCGCGUCGCUCCCCGGCGCCGAGCUGACCGUGCAGACGACCGAGCCAUUCGCCGGCACCAAGAAGCGCCCGCUGUCCCCCACUCGGCUGCUGGACGAGGUGCCCGAGGUAUCUGCUGACGACCUGCAGACCCCCAAGCAAUCAAACGCCCGCCCCACAGUCGUUAGCGGCUCUGUAAGCCCCAAGAGCGAAGCCGUCGCCGCCAUCGACCCGCACGACCUCAAGCUGCUCAAGGUCAUUGGCCGCGGCACCUUCGCGCGUCAAGUGGCGCUGGCCAGACACAGCGAAACCCAGAGCAUGUACGUGGUCAAGACGCUGGACAAGAGCAAGCUGCUGCAGCGCAAGCAGGUGGUGCACACGCUCACGGAGAAGAAGGUGCUGGAGAAACUUGGUGGCCACCCGUUCAUCGUCAAGCUCUACACGGCCUUCCAGACCGACCGCGACCUUAACUUUGUGCUCGAGUACUGCCAGGGCGGCGAGCUCUUCUUCCACCUGCAGCAGCAAUUCUCCCAGAAGUUCAAUGAGAACACCACCCGGUUCUAUGCAGCCGAGGUGCUGGCGGCGCUCAGCGAGCUGCACGCCAACGGCGUAGUGUACCGCGACCUCAAGCCCGAAAACGUGCUGCUGGACGCUCAAGGUCACGUGAAACUUGCCGACUUCGGCUUCGCCAAGCAGGACAUGAGUCCGGGACAACGCACCUACUCCUUCUGCGGCUCCCCCGAGUACCUGUCGCCCGAGAUGGUCAAGAAGGCCGGUCAUGGCAUGGAGACGGACAUGUGGUCCUUUGGCUGCUUCAUCUUCGAGCUCCUCACCGGCACGCCCCCGUUCCAAUGCGACGACAUGCAGCGCCUUUUCCGGAUAAUCCAGCAGGGACGCGUCUGGUACCCGCCCUAUCUUUCGGGUCACGCGUUGUCGCUGCUCAAGGGCUUGCUGUGCGUCAACCCCGCGAGCCGUCUCACUGCCGCGCAGGCUAUGGAGCACCCAUUCUUCAAGAUGUCGCUGAACUGGGACGAGCUGAUGCAGCGCCAGGUGACCCCACCCAUCGUGCCAGUUUGCCGCGGCUGCGAUUGCACCGACAACUUCGACGACGACUUCACGAACGCGCCCGUGGUCUCCCUCAUGCUGCAAUCGGGCGACCUUGUCAAGCGCCUUCGACGCGACGACUGCCCUUGUCCAGUCACUCGGGCGGACGAGUUCCAGGACUUUUAG